AUGUCUGACGGAGGUAUGACCGUUCUCGACGGAACCCACCUCCGAUCCUUGAGGCUCUCCAUCCCGGACUCCGCCGCCGCGCUCACCGGUGCCCAAGUCCUCGAUUUAGCCGAAUCCGCCGCCUCAAACUCACUCUUCGACCUCCCAUUGCCUCCCGCUCUCAAGUCCGCCGCUCUCAGUCGCCUCAACGUCGAUGAUCCCGCUGCCUUCCACAACCAGGAGCUCACCCGCGAAAGUGCCACGGCCAAACUCGACGAGUACCUCGCCGCCAUCGCCGAUGAGCUCAGAGAGAACCCGAUGGUGAUUUCGAUCCUGGACGGGAGCACGCUGCGGGUGUUUCUGGAGGACGAAGACGAUUUCGCCAUGUUAGCGGAGAAUUUGUUCACUGAUUUGGAUUCCGAGGAUAAGGGCAAGAUCAAGAAGAUCGAGAUCAGGAAUGCGCUUCUUCGUAUGGGAGUUGAAACUGGAAUCCCUCCUUUUGAAGAAUUUCCUGUUGUAAAUGACAUCUUGAAGAAACAUGGAGUUCAGGAAGAGGGAGAGUUGGGCCAGUCUCAAUUUGCUGAGUUACUUCAGCCUAUCCUGCAAGAAGUUGCUGAUGCAUUGCUGAAAAGGAAUGUUGUGGUUGUCCAUAACACUCAGAUACUCAAUGGAUCCAAACUUAGAAAGCUGCUGGCCGAUGAAGAACAGUUGAAUACCAUCUUGGCAAAAGUUCUAGACGAGAAGCACAAAGCAGAAGACAAUCUAAACAGCAAGGAAAUGAUCACCAGUUUCCUUGAUAAACAUGCAAAAGAGGUUGGCUUGCCAUCAUCAGAAGCUAAUGAGGCAGUGACCCUCGUUUAUGAUGCAGUGUUUGCUGAGGUGGGUGACAGCAAAUUUGCUGCCGAUGAAGAUGACCAGUUCAGAGAGCUUGUGAAGGAAGUACUCGAGAAACUCGCAGAGCAGCUUGAAGCCAGCCCCAUGUACUCUGACAUCUGA